AUGUCUUCUUCGUCAACCAAACUAUCGAUAAAUAAAAAAACCAAAAUGUCAGAUUUGAUAAAUUUCCGUAUUAAAAUAAUAACAAUAGAUAAUAGAACUUAUUUGGGUACUUUAUUGUCGUUUGAUAAACAUAUGAAUUUGGUGUUGUCUGAUACUGAAGAGUCAAGAAUUACCAAGAAAUCAUAUAGUCAAUUAAAGAAACACACACCCAACGUUGAACCAGUGUACGAGAAGAGAAAUUUAGGAUUGAUUAUCUUACGAGGCGAUCAAGUUGUCAGUUUCACUAUAGAAAGCAAUGCUCCACUCACUGAUGUCAAGAGUAGAUUAGAUCGACCAAUCAAAAAACCAGUAAGUAGAAUGAAAAAAAUCAUUGCGUGA